CUCACCGGAAGCUCCCACAGUGCAUUACUGCCACGUACCUGCCAUUUUGCUGUAAAUAAACUGCGAACCGGUGUUUGUAUCGGUUGAAUUUAGACGAUUUCGCGUGUUAGAUAUCUGUGACCUUCUGUGGAUAAACGCGAAAUGGGUGGUUCUUGGAGUUCAGAGGAAGUGCCAGGUGGUGGAACCGAAGGGUAUCACGUUCUACGGGUGCAAGAUGGAUCCCCAGGUCAUAAAGCUGGUCUAGAAGCCUUUUUUGACUUCAUUGUUGCUAUUGGAAACACAAGACUGAAUCAAGACAAUGACACUUUGAAAGACUUGCUGAAGGCAAACAUCGAGAAGCCUGUUAAAAUGGCUGUGUAUAGCAGUAAAACCCAGACAGUGAGGGAGGUCACCAUCAUCCCCAGCCACAACUGGGGAGGUCAAGGACUUCUAGGGGUCAGCAUCAGGUUUUGUUCAUUUGAAGGUGCAAAUGAAAAUGUCUGGCAUGUUUUGGAGUUGCAGCCUAACUCACCUGCAGAUUUAGCUGGUCUGAAAUCGGAGACUGAUUAUAUUAUUGGAGCUGACUCUGUACUGCAUGAAUCAGAAGAUCUGUUUACAUUAAUUGAGAAUCACGAGGGUAAGCCGUUAAGGUUAUACGUGUACAACACAGAGACCGAUUCCUGUAGAGAGGUCACGAUAACACCUAAUGGAGCCUGGGGUGGUGAAGGAAGCUUAGGCUGUGGUAUUGGCUAUGGGUAUCUACACCGUAUUCCAAAACGCCAGUUUCCCUCAUCCAAGUCCAGUGCUGUGCCCUCUGCUCCAGCGCCAGCAUCGGUUGAUGGAUUUGCAGAGAGAAGGGGUUAUGCAGCCACCUUGCCACCUUAUGGGCAAAGCCCAUACAAACAGCAGCUAAGGGCCGACCUGAACCAAUUUCAGGAGGUUCCCCUUAGCAGUGCUGGUGGAAUCUCUCAAGGCAUGGCAAACAUGUCCAUCAAUACUGGCACACCAACCAUUCCAGUGAUCCCACAGACAGACAAACUACCUGCAGCACAACCGCCAUUGGUUUUACCCAAUUUCUCAAUGGGAGCACCUACAGGUAUCCCCCCUCCUUCCACAUUACCGGCUGGUAUCGGGAAUCUCCCCUCACUAACUUCUAUUCCCCCUUUGACAGGGAUGCCACCAGGAAUGGUUCUUCCAAAUACAACUGGAACAACAUUACCGAAUUUCCCCAAUUUCCCAAUGCCAACAAACAUCUCCUUACCAACAUCAAUGCCCCUCCCCAACUUUCCCAUGUCCACACAAACUUUUGUGAGCCCCCCAGCUGGUGGGAUUCCUACUUCCGCACCCCUUGGGGUUCCCCCACAGGUGACCCCUACCCCUGUUUCGUUGUCUACACCAGUUUCUAGUGACACUUCGAACCUUACAAAUGUGAGCAGUGCGGGGACCCCCCAGGGCGAGACUGCUUCACCCGAACCAGUGGCAGCUUCCUCAUAGUUCAGUGUUACAAUCUAGGACAAGUGUUUUCCAUUUAAUUCUCAGUUUUGAAUAACUUUUUAUUUUCUAUUUAAGAAGAAUUGGUGUUGAUAUAUAUAUAUAUCUAUGUUUUUUUUUCUGUUAUUAUAUUCUAUGUACACUGGUGUGAACCAAAUAAUUUUUGGCUUCAUAAUUAUAAUUUAUUAAAUUUCUGUCUUUUUAAAUUAUUUCUGAUAUGUGUCUUUUCAACCAUUCAUUAUUGUACACAUGACUAUAAAAUGCAAUCAAGGGUAUGAUAAAUCUACAACAUGAAUUUGACAGAAAGUUUUACAACUCUGAAUGGGAGUAAAUUUAAGGAGGAGUGGAAUUCAUAAUAAAUUGUAAUAAAAAUAUAUAUUUCACUGUUUAUGAAAAUUUUAAAAAUUUUAUAUGUUAGGCUGUAAGACACUUGUAAAAAAAUUUCUGAUUACGAUGAAUGUUUGAAGCCCUCAGAAAAACAAGAUGAAACAUUUAUGACAAAAAAUUCUAGUUGUAUCAUUACUGGUAUACUAUGAUCAUUUGAAAUUUUUAAAGCUUCAGAGUUCGGGUUAUUUGUUUAUUUGGUGAGGAAGAAGACAUACUCUAAAGAGCAGAUGAGUCCCAUUCCUUCUUAACUUUAAGAUACAAAGUUAGGAAGAAUUCAUGUGUAUGCAAUACGCAGUAUAUAACCAGAUUCACCUGUCAGUAUUCAGUUAACAGCCUGGAAUUAUGACUCUAAUCACCAUAUACUCAAUGUGUGUUAUCAUUAUUGACGCUAUCCCAAGGAUACUUUAGAAAAUGAUUCUGAUGUAAUUAUAAAAUCUGUUUUUGAGAAGCAUUUGUUCAUAAAAAAUAAAGAUGACAAAUUUUGAAAUUAUAAAUUCAUAAUUACUGGUAGGAAUCUAUAGCAUAGCAUGACCAAGGCACCAAAGAUGCCCCCAAGCUGUGAAUGAUGACAUGUAUAUCUCAGAAUGAAAGAUCACAUGUGACACAGGUACAGAGUAAGUGCUGUGCUUGUGAAUUAUGUACAAUACUGUACUGUUUGUGGGUGGCUUUUUUAUAUGUGUAUGUAGGCUGAGAAGAGAGUAAAAUAGUAGAGAAAAUUCAUUCAUUAUUCUGUAAAUUGGUGAACUCUUUGCAAUGUUACAUUUUGUCUGAACAAUGCAAGUGUUAAUUUUCAUCAUAUUGUUGCAUUUAUUUAUCAGUUGUAAAACAUAAACAAUACAUCAAUGCCAUCAUAUGGUAUGUGAAGGUACAUGUAUCAAGUUUGAGUAAUUUGGAAGUUGUUGCAUGCCAUUUUUAUGGAGAAUCUGAAAAGACAUAAUAAGUGUAUAUUUUCUCACUAAUUUAUAGUUUUAAUAUUGCAUGAAAAACGAAAAAAUUAAAGGAUAUGUAAUUCAAGUGAUUAAAUCAUCUUUGAAUGUUUUCCAAUAUUUUGAAACAAACAUUUGAGGAAUACAUUCUGUUGGUGAUAACUUUUAUGCCUUCAGUUUCUGCAUUGAAAUUUUGUUUAUUAUUUGCUUGCUGUAUAAUUUUUGUUUACAAAUAGAAAGAAAGAAAUUGAAA